ACACCACUGUAGAAUUUUUGAAAAAUCGAUUUUUUUUUUAUUGCUUUAAAAAAUACUUUGAACCUUCUAGAAUGAGUUAAAAAAAGUCUUAUGUCUGUUACAAAAUUUUUUGUGUGAAAUUUCGCGCUCUUUCUUAAGCGUGUCGGGCUGCUCCAAAACGACUACCUACGGCACAUCGAUACCUGCUCGAAGGGUACAGCCUAAUGACUUACCUUCUGAUUUCUAACUACUCUAGUAGUAGGAAACGUGGAUAUUCGUCGCUUUUCGGAAUCACGUCAUUGAUUGGAUGGUUCACUGGCAAAAUCGUCGACGUUGAGGUGAAGUCCAAAUAUUGCAAAUCUUGCGAGCAUUGGAAGAGUAAAUUAGAAACAGUUGAGUAUGAAGAAUGGCUCAAAACACACGUUGAUGAAUGUCAAGCAAAUCAUGAAGGUUCGUCUGGUAAGAUGGAGGUAGACGCCGUCGUCGAAAUGUUUCAACGUUCCGAAACUUUACAUGGCAUGAAAUAUGCAAACUAUGUCGGCGACGGUGAUAGCAAAACCUUCAAGGGUAUACUGGAGAAACAUCCAUACGAAAAUUUUGAAGUGAAAAAGAAAGAGUGCAUUGAUCACGUGCAAAAGAGAAUGGGCACUCGUUUGCGAAAUUUAAAAAAAAAUGUAAAAGGCCUCGGAGGAAAAGGUAAAUUAACUGCUAAAUUAAUUGACGAGCUUACAAUAUAUUAUGGUUUAGCGAUACGGCGGAAUCCAAACUCCGUGAAAAAUAUGAAAAAUGAUAUUUGGGCAACCUUAUUUCAUAAAAUGUCAACCGAUGAAAAUCCGCAACACGAGAAGUGCUCGGAGUCUUGGUGCGACUGGAAAAAGGCACAAGCAGCAAAUUCCUUGGCUACUUACCAUCAUAAGCCGCCACUACCGAAGGAAAUUUUUGAAGCUAUCAAACCUAUUUACGAGGAGCUGAGCCGUGAUGAUUUGCUAAAUCGUUGCUUGGGAGGCUACACUCAAAAUAGCAACGAAAGUUUCAAUGCUGCUGUAUGGAACUUGGCGCCAAAAUCUUACUCAAGCGGCAAAAAAGUAUUAUGUGCAGCAACUGAUAUUGCUGUGUGCACCUUCAAUGACGGUUUGACUAACAUUUUACGAAUUAUGCAAGUUUUGGAGAUGGAUAUCGGCUACCAAGCAUACAAUUUUUGCCUUGAAGCCAAUGCGACAAGGAUCGAGCACUCCGAGCGGGCUUUGACAGAUGCAGCAAAGAAGGCACGCACCAGCACAAAAUCGUCGCGGAAAGAAAAUGAGGAACAAUACUUGAGCAAAGAAGGGAUGCUUUACGGUCCUGGGAUAGCAGACUAAUGAUAAAUCUCUACGAUGGUUCUGCUGCGUGCCGCAAACCCCUAAAAAAUAAACACGUCUCACGACAGUGGCUAUAGCGUCGCCAUUUUUUAAUAUUUUUUAAUAAAAAAAUUUUUACAAACACUUAAAAA